AUGGCCACUGACGUUGGUACUUUGUUGAAAAGGUACUUUGGUGCUUGCGAGAGGCAUGGAGUUUCACCGAAUAAAUCAAUUAUGACGUCGUUAUUCAAGGCUAAGAUCAAGAAAGCCCACCAUGAGACAGCUACACUUUCUGUUUCGAUUGAUGACCUGAAAGAUGUUGAUUUCUAUCCACUUCGUGACCUCUUAACUGAAAUUGAUGGUUCUGAGAUUGAUGUGGUUGACAUGGUAAAUAGAUUUUCUUGUGCACUGAAUGGGGAAUAUGUUACGCAAUUGCUACAUGCUGUCGACAAAAAGCUUGGACACGUUGAUAUAUGUGACGUCUCAUUUGGAAAGGAGUUCUUGCUGGAUAUUGCUCAACAAGGCUUAACAUGCCAAGUUCUUAAUCUAAGAUCUUCUCAUUUUCGGAAGCUCAAUAUGGUCGGGAAAUUUGUGCACAUGCACACUCUAAACUUGGACUUCAGCGCUUCACUUACUAGCUUUCGGGAGGAUUGUUUUACGUGUAUGCCGAAUUUAAAUUUCCUUUCGCUGUGCGCGACUAGGAUCACAAACCUCUGGACAACUAGUGCUGCACUAGCCAAGCUUCCCUCGUUAGUUGAUCUUCGAUUUCAGAGUUGUUUCUUUACUCACGAUAUGGAGUAUUCUUCUGCGUCAUUUGGAGAUGAGGGCCUUGGUUCAGGUCAUACUGGCCUGGGCCCUCACGGGGAAUUACCUUACUCAAGUGAUGAAGUUUUUCCACAUUUACAAUUAAUUCUGGACAAUGAAGAAACAAAUGAUUAUGAUGAAAUCUCUUUUAGCACAAUGGACAUGCAUGACGACGAUUAUUUUUCUGCUGGAUCGGUCAAGUCGAGUGGUGUAAAGAAGUGCAUUUCUCGUCAUCCUUCUCCAAUAUGCUUUGAGAAACAUUACAGAGAAUACAUGAUAGCUUCAUUGCCCAAACUCAGUGUUCUUGACAAUUUGCGGAUUUCGAAAACUGACAAAGAAAAAGCCAAAGAUAUCUUCACAAGUCAUUUUGAAUACCUUCCGUACAACAGGCAUAAUAAGGAGAGCUUGGUUAGUUUAUUGCAGCAACGUGAGACCAGUGCAAACCUCUCUGCAACUCACGCCUCGAGAAAUUCUUUUUCUUUUUCAUUAAGAAAAACGAAGCACUUCUAUUCCAGGUCAUUAUCGGCUGCCAAAAUGGGAUCUUCUGCAUGGCCCGCCUUACGGUCUCUUUCUAUUACUGGCAGUUCAUUAAGAGAAGAAAGAAGAAACUUCCGUCCACGACAGUUUGAGUACCAUCCAACAGACUCAAGCCUUAUGGUCAUCGGGACUUUGGAUGGUGAAGUUGUUAUUGUAAACCAUGAGAACGGGAAAAUUGUUAGUUACAUUCCAUCACUUGGGGCUCUGAAUAGUGUCCUGGGGUUAUGCUGGCUUAAAAAGUAUCCUUCUAAGCUCAUUGCUGGUUCUGACAAUGGCUCCCUUAGAUUGUACGACAUUCGACAUUAUACAAGUAGACAAAUGCAUCACAACCGUGGUUCAGUCUUCUUUGACGAUUUUGACCAGUUAACAUCUGUGCACGUUAACUCCACAGAUGAACUGUUUGUUGUCAGUGGAUACUCGAAAGAUGUUGCUCUUUACGAUAUCGGCAGUGGGAAACUUUUGCAAGUAUUUGCCAAUAUGCAUUGGGAACAUAUAAAUGUGGUCAAGUUUUCCAACCACAACCCGUUCCUUUUUGCCACAUCAUCCUUUGAUCAGGAUGUGAAGAUGUGGGAUGUAAGGCAAAAACCAAACCAGCCUUGUUAUACUGCUUCAAGCUCCCGAGGAAAUGUAAUGGUCUGCUUUUCCCCUGAUGAUCACUAUCUUCUUGUCUCAGCUGUUGACAAUGAGGUAAAACAGCUAUUGGCUGUUGAUGGAAGACUUCAUAUGGAUUUCGGUAUAGCUUCCACUGGAAGUUCACAAAAUUAUACUCGUUCUUAUUACAUGAAUGGAAGAGAUUAUGUGGUAAGUGGGAGUUGUGAUGAACACGUGGUUCGUAUUUGUUGUGCUAAUACUGGAAGACGGCUCAGGGAUGUAUCAUUGGAGGGUAGAGGUGCAGGAGCAUCAAUGUUUGUUCAGUCUUUGAGGGGUGAUCCUUUCAGGGAUUUUAACAUGAGUAUUUUGGCCGCUUAUGUACGUCCAAACUCAGAUUCUGAAAUCGUUAAGGUUUAG